AUGGAUGUGACGGAUGACAAUUUUGCGCAGUUAUUACCUCAGAUUUUGAAUACCGUCCAGAACGCAUCUUUUGUUGCGUUUGAUUUGGAAUUCCUCGGUUUUCACGGUGAUGACGACGCAAAUCGUCCAUCCUUAUUCGACAGUCCUGUUGAACGUUACAGGAAACAAAGACUAUCUGUGCUAAAAUUUCCACCAGUUCAAUGGGGUUUAGCAUUGUUCACAGCAGUUGACGAUGGAAGACAGUAUGCGAUUAUUAUUUAUAAAGUGGACGUUUACAACAUAUAUUUGUUCAAACGAACAAUAAAUCGUCGUGUGUAUUCGUUUUCAAUUCCAUCGAUCGCUUUUCUUGGGGAGCAUGAUUUUGACUUCAAUAAAGCAAUAAAUAAGGGUGUAACAUACGCAAAUUUGGAUGAAGUUGCUGUAAUACGUUCACAUCUCGAGGAAGGUCUUUUGGAUUAUGAAAUAUUUGGUGAACGUUUCAAUAGUCAUUUGAUCUCAGUACAGUGUUAUUUAUCCAAUAUGUUGGAAAGACUAAGAAAAGCUUCAUCACCUCCAACAACACCACCCGCUUCACGGGCGGAUGGAUUUGCGCCGUUCGUCGUUGAUUUAGAAGAUGCAAUGUUUGAUCCGUAUGCAUGUCGUAGUGAAACGCAACCGUUAAAUUAUCGUAAAUUUCGUGCCACACGUCUUCAGUCUCAUGCACGUUUAUUCUCCUUACAUUCCAACACACACCACGUUAAGCUGAAAAUGGAUGGACAUAAACUUCAUGUGCAACAGGCAAAAUCCAGUGAACGGAGAGUUAGAAACGAACGAACCAAACUGUUGAAUAAAACGAUUAACGAAAUUGCUGGUGCAUCCCAAAUUCUCUACGCAAUCAUCGAAGCAAGAUUGCCACUGGUCGGCCACAAUUGUCUAUUCGAUUUGCUUUAUCUGUAUCAAUAUUUCUUCGCUGAUUUACCAGAAGAUUAUGGCAAAUGGAAAAAAGCAUUGAAUUCAAUCUUUCCCGUUAUUGUCGAUACACGUAUUCUCGCUGAAGAAAAUCGACGACGGCUCUCGUGGCACGGAAUAAUGAAUUAUUCGUUGGCGACAUUGGGUGCAUACUUUAAACAUCCGGUCAGCGGUGAUAAUUUGCCCUACCGAUUUCCGGAUUUCUCUUUGGCCAAUGCAGCAUUACUCAAAUAUGCAGUACAUAUUGUGCAUGUUUUAAUAUCGUUGCAGACCGAGAUCGAGAAUAUUUCCAUAAUGCAGCAUACGAUGCCAAAACAACUGGUGAGACUUUCGUGCGAUUGGCUUAUCUUACCUUGUGCAAUACGUUGGGUAUGUGUGGGCGAUAAGCCAAAAGCAAUAAAAGGCUGUCGCCCAUUCCGUGUCCUCCUCUAUGUUGUGAGACCGUUCGCAAAUCGUAUUCCAGUAUCUCUGAUGGGCGUUCCUUUCCUUAACUUGGUGGGCGAUGAUCCGCCAUCAACUCGGCCUAAAGCUAUAAUGCUUGAAGGUAUUGGAGUUAGCCGUCGAUGUUUUUAUCCGUUUUCAUAUCCAAGACUGUCAUUAAUAAAUAUAGCGGCAUUAAAACGAGAAGUGAAUCUCUUGUUUGGAAAUUGGAGAUGUGAUCUACAAGCGAUUGAUGGAGGCACAAGAGUGUUAUUGGCAACGAAUACUGAUCACACGUUAGUGCCACUGGGUGUUUGUUCAUGUGCAGUAUUAUUGGCUCAUUGCGUUAUUCGAUAUAUGGUUGUUGUACGUUAG